UUCUCUAGGGGAAAAAGUUGCUAGUUUUUAAGCCCAAAUUAAAACACUACUCCAAUAGAUAUGAAUUUUGUGGGAUGGAAAUUCAAUUUGGUGUGGUCUUUCAUCAACAUCAGAUACUGAUUGAUAGGUACUGUACCCAAAAUUAUCUACGCCAUGUCUGUAUUUGGCCAUGGAAGUUUGUACAGUGUGUCACUACUCCCCCUCACCAGCUAGCCAACCACGUCAUAUCCGUUCUUUGUCUCUUCUCCAACCUCCAUGAAACGUCGCUUAUAAAAAGUUUAUCAUCUUCUUCCACACAAUCAUUAGCAGCAGAUCACCAUGACAGAAGCUGCAAAACUCCCCACCGUAGACCUCUCUUCACCAGACCACUCCUCCAUCGCAAAUUCAAUUCGUCAGGCAUGUGCAGAAUAUGGAUUUUUCUACGUUAUCAAUCAUGAAGUAGAGAAAGAUUUUGUGGAUAAAGUUUUUGAAGGAAGCAAGGAAUUUUUCUCGCUUCCUUUGAGUGAGAAAAUGAAAUUGAUUCGCAAAAAUCACAGAGGCUACUCGCCAUUACUCGCUCAGAAUCUCAGUUUUUCUUCUAAUUCCAAAGGUGAUGCAAAUGAAAGUUUCUAUAUUGGUCCUUUCGAGAAAAGUGUUCUUGAACAGUGGCCAUCACAAGAAGUUCUUCCGUCAUGGAGGCCAAUUAUGGAAGCUUAUCACAGAAAAGUUCUGUCUCUGGGAAAAAGAAUACUCUCAUUUAUUGCUUUGGCUCUGAACUUGGAUAAAGAUUACUUUGAGAAAAUAGGAGCCUUGAAUCAACCACAAGCCAUUCUUCGCCUCUUAUAUUAUCCAGGUGAACUGGUGCAUUCUGAGGAAGAGAUAUUUGGUGCUUCGGCACAUUCAGACUUUGGAAUGAUCACUCUUCUGGUGACUGAUGGAGUGCCAGGACUUCAGGUAUGUAGAGAAAAAUGCAAAGAAACACAAACCUGGGAGAAUGUGUUACAUAUGGAUGGGGCCUUUAUAGUUAACACUGGAGACAUGAUGGAGAGAUGGACUAAUUGUUCCUUUCGGUCCAUAUUGCAUAGAGUGAUCCCAGCAGGACAAGAACGCUACUCUAUGGCAUUCUUUUUAAAUCCAAACCCAAACUGCAUUGUGCAAUGUUUGGAAAGCUGUUGCAGUGAAUCAUGUCCUCAAAGGUUUCCUCCAAUUCGCAGUGGAGACUAUAUAAAGGAGCGGUUGAGGCUAAUGUAUGGCUCAUAGAGUGGAGCCUGAGGGGCGAAAUUGGUAGAUGAUCUACGGUUGAAAAUGUGAUGAUCUUGGCAUUCAUAAUUUAAGCACUUCAUAAAUUAAUUUUUGUUAUUCAGUGUGUGAAACAUCUGAUAUUUAUUUGGUUCUAUGGAUAAGCAUGUUUAUAAUUUAGAUUAAGUGGUUAUUUAAGAAAAAGUUUGUUA